UCUCAGGACUUGUUUAAUGUAAUUCUGUCCUUUUUUUUUUUUCCUGUCAGUGUUGUUUAUUAAGACUUCUGUUCCAAAGAGAGGGAAAAGGAAAAAGCUUCUUCAUUCCCAAGGACAAAGGAGGAGUUUGUGUGUAGGGGGGGAAACAUGACAAGUUUCUCACACUAUCACUAUGAAGGAUGUCAGUGUAACAAGUAACAAGAGUUAUAUUGAUUUAUUUUCUUAAUUUAAUACCAACCUAAUAUUGAUUAUUUUAUCUUUAUUAUCGUUUGCUGUACAUGAAUAUUACUAUUAAUGUAGUUAAAUGUACACUUAAGACAGGAGCAUGAAUUUUCAUGCGAGAAGAGUCACCUUGCCUGCCAUUACACCACUCUGUCUGCAGAAGCGGGUUAUAAAAGUUUAUAAUGAAGAUAACACAAGCAGAGCAGUAGAGGUUCCCAGUGACAUCACUGCGCGGGAUGUAUGUCAGCUGUUUGUCCUGAAGAACCACUGCAUCGAUGACCACAGCUGGACUCUCUUUGAACACCUCUCCCAUCUGGGAAUAGAGAGAACUAUCGAAGACCAUGAGUCUGUCAUGGAGGUGCUUUCAGGCUGGGGAAUGGACACAGACUGCCGGCUGUACUUCAGGAAGAACUUUGCUAAAUAUGAAUUCUUCAGGAAUCCUCUGGACUUUUUCCCAGAUCACAUGGUCUCCAUAUCCAGUGAAGCCAACGGGACGGUGGAUCACUCUCAGCUCAUACAGACAUUUCUCAACACCAGCUCAUGUCCGGAGAUACACGGACACCUCCAUGCCAAAGAGCAAAGCAGGAAGUCAUGGAAGAAGUUCUAUUUUGUUCUGCGGAGGUCGGGGCUUUAUUUCUCCAAUAAGGGAACUUCAAAGGAACCGAGGCAUCUCCAGUUCAUCGCAGACUUCAGUGACAGUGAUGUCUACACCGUGCUGUCAGCCAAAAAACUCCACGGAGCACCUACAGAUUAUGGCUUCUGUGUCAAGUCCACAAAGUGUUGCUCAGCCCGGGACUUGAAGCUGCUUUGUGCAGAUGAUGAACAGACCAGGACCUGCUGGAUCACAGCCAUGCGCUUGUUAAAGUAUGGGAUGCAACUGUACCAAAACUUCAUUCAGCCACACCAGAAACAAAAAGCUUCACCCAUGAGAAGCAUCUCGGAGAAUUCACUGGUGGCCAUGGACUUCUCAGGCCAAAAGAGCCGGGUGAUUGAGAACCCGUCUGAGGUGCUGUCUGUGGCUGUAGAGGAGGGACUGUCAUGGAGGAGGAAAAGCUGUCACCGUCUGAGCGGCCACGGCAGCCCCUCCACAUCACAGAACUCCAUGUCAAGCAUAGCCCUACAUUUGGCUCAGUCCUGGUUCCACGGCAAACUGUCUCGAGAUGAGGCUCAGCGUCUCAUCACUCAGCACGGUCUUAUUGAUGGGGUGUUUCUUCUGAGAGACAGCCAGAGCAACCCUAAGACGUUUGUGCUGUCACUGUGCCAGAUGCAGAAAAUCAAACACUUUCAGAUCUUACCUGUGGACGAUGAAGGGGAGUUAUUCUACAGUCUAGAUGAUGGCCACACGCGGUUCACGGACUUGAUCCAGCUGGUGGAGUUCUACCAGCUAAACCGCGGCGUGUUGCCCUGCAAGCUAAAACACCACUGUGCCCGGAUCACCCUGUGAACAAGGGACCCAGGAGACCCCCGAGGGGCCUGCAUGCACCUUAACUCCAGGGCCUUUGUGGACAAACACUCCCAGUGUUCUCGUGCCUUGAAGAAGAAACACACAGACUCACUGAGCAGCCAGGCUGAUUGAAACCACUGUUAUCAUUCAGCGUAGCAUUCAUCCACACCGAGGCACAUGCUUCCUUUUCCCUUUAGGGGGGAAAGCUGGGUUUAACAAUAGACCAUAUAACGACUGACGACAUGUGCUGAAGAUAAUGUGCAUCAAUGAGGGACACUUUUGUUCUUGUUGAGUGACAUCAUAGCUGGGAUGAGUUUUAGAACAUUUCAGUAUACAGUCAUCAUGAAAGGCUGUAGGUUAUGGUUUAGAAAAGCUGAUGAUGGUUGGAUCCAAAUGGCGGAAUCCUUUUUUCUAGACACAAUAUUAUACAGGGAAUCACAGUAAACAACACCUCUGUUCUGUUCAAGUAAAACUAAGCUAUCAUAUGUUCCGUUGAUCUCAAAGUAUUCAGGUAUUUUUUAAGAAAUCACCUCUCAGGAAGUGUCACUGUGCAUGCCCUGCAGGAAAGCAGACUGAGACUGAUGUAGAGAGAACAAAAGAGAGGUAAAAAAAAUGACACACAGCUUAGCUAACCUGCACUGUACAUUUGUUUCAGAUCUUUGUGAUUAAAUGAAAUGUUUGCGUUACAAUUUGUGAGCUUGCUGUCAAGCCAGAGCAGUCUGAAUAUUUCACCAUCUUUAGACGGAAUUAAGAGAGAUGUGUGACUGACUGUGAUCACAUCUGAAUCCCUUGUAUAUUGAAAUCUAGGUUUUAUAUUUUCAAAGUUUCAGGUAUAGAAUUUACUAAACAUGUUUGUUUUUUUAUUAUCAUGUUGACAUUAUUCCCACUUCUGGUGGAUAUUAAGUGUCAUAUAUUGUCUGUUUUUAAAAGCCAAUCAUUCAUCAGCUUUUAAUACAAGCUAUUUUAAAUUAGAGACACGAUUGGAAUGACCACUUUCAUUUUUUGUAUGAGCUGGAUGACCAUGCUUUGAAUAAUGAAUGUCAAAAACUGCAAAUGGUUUUUAUAUAAAAACAAAGUCUGUUUUUAGUGCA